CAUUCAGGUGUAUGCGAUGUAAUAAUAAUGCACGUAAGACAAAAACUGUAUACAGGCUAGCGGCAUGAGAGCAUUAGGAACUCAUUAAUAUUAAAAACAGUAGCUCGUAAUGCAAAAGCUUUUGUUCCGUUAAUAUCCAUGUGUACCACUGAAGUCUUGAAUAAAUCCCUUAACACCAGGACCUGGAUGAGAGCGAAUCAAUAGGCAUAUUUGAGCUCCCUAAAAAAAUAUUGGAUAAUAGAUGUUAUUUUGACCUUGCAGACGUAGUAACUGGUUAAACGCAUUUUUAAAUAUGGAUUUUGUUCCAGACGACAUAUUGAGACAGUUUCCUCAGGGAAGCGAAAGUUAGUUUUGGGAAUAAUUAAGUAUAGUCUCAUUGAGUCUAUAGGGCACAUCAUAAAUCCCAAAGCAAAUGUGAAGUCUGUGAACAGCAUUCCAGCUGAAAAAAUUCCACGGCUCAAAAACGUGACAUGGACUAAAACUGAACGAUCAUCUGAAACUGCAUUGAAAUCUGAGACUUCACUGAGGCAAGUUUUAUGCUCUUGUGAUAUUUUCUCAGGAGGAUUAUUGCUUCUGAACAAACGUUUUACACUAACAUUAGGAACUAUGUUGUAUAUUUGUCUGAAAAACUCGAUAACAUAGUUCGGAAAACGCAUAUAGGAGAACGUUCACCUAUUGAAAAUGCAGAUCAACUUCAGAGAUUUAAGGAAGUCAGUCAUAUGGCAUUAACGGGUAUUCAGGACAUUUUCAGAGAAGUAAUAUGCCAGAUACACCCUGAAAAAUAUAAUCACAGGGCAUUGCUUCUUAGCUUGUCUGAUAGGUAUGACAGUAUUUCCAAUAACUUACUUGAUGUUUGUGAGAAUCUGUAUUCAACCAUGAUCUCUGGAAGAAAAGAUCUCUGCACGAUUGACGUAGAUGGCCUGCGUAACAAAAAGAAAUUAGAGGACUGCUUAAAGUGUCUUACUGACGCGAGUUUUAGCAAUGAAAAACUUCAAUCAUCUAUAAAAAAUCAAAAUUUAGAGAUUAUGAAAGCUAUUACAUCUGCAAAGGCAAGUGAAGAAGAAAUGUUCAGCGUUCAUAAUUUAUAUAAACUUCAGCUUCAAAGAACUGAGAGUGACCAAAGAGUACUUGCAGAAGAAAACUGUCAUUGCUUUGGUAUGGCCCUCAACUUAGUUAAGCUGUUUUGUGAUAGAAACAUGGUGACUAUUCUAGAUCAACUUCAGAUGUCCAAAGAUAAGUGGUUAACCGUGUACGAUCGAUCAUUUCUAUUAAUGAGAAAAUUAAUAACACAAUUAUUUGAAACAUUGGCAGCGUGUUCAGAAGGGAUUAUGCGCUUUUCUGAAGGUCUGGAAUACAUAUUUAUGUCAUCUAAGUAUCACUUGGAUGACUUGUUAAAAAAAAUUGAAAAACUGGAAAUUUAUCUACAUCCAACGUUUGAGGAUGACAUAAAAAAUAGAAGUCCAGAAUAUGCAACGCGCAUUACCAUUCAACUGACUGAUAUUCUAGAAACCGCACAAAAACUAUUAAACAAGAUAGAUGAAUUAUGGACAGUGAAAAAGUGUGGAUUAAUUAAUCAAAUUGGUUUGAAUAUAUGCCAGUAUAACAGAACUGAUGAGAAUGAUCAAAAAGAUAAUGAUGAAACUAUUAAAGAUGACAAAAAUUUCAAACAAAAUGAAUCGAUAAAUAGUAAAAUAUUUAAACGUGGAACUUUUAUUUCAACUUUAAGAUUAAAUUGUAAUUCACAAAAUGUUAUACAACCAAAAUUUUAUAAACAACUUUUAAAAAUUUUAAAAUCUGAAAUAAAUUUAUCUGAUUUAAAAUUACUACUUAAAUCAGCAUCAGAUGAAUUUCAUGAAUUAUAUAUAUUUAUGAAAGAAAAUUUAAAUGAUCAACAAUCAUCAGGAAUAUUUAAUUGGUUGAAUUUAACCGACAGUAUUAAUGAUUUAGAAGAUGUUCUUUGUAGAUUAUCAGGUAUACUGACAAUUCAAGAACGUAAUUUAAUCAAACUAAUCGAUUUAAAUGACUUAGGCGUAUCAACUUUUGUUCAUAUGGUUGAAAAACUUAAAGAUAGUUUAGACAAUGAACAAGAGGAAAAAGGACCAUUUUUUGACUUGAACAAACUACGAAAGACAUUAACAAAAUGGAAAGAUUUAAUGAAACUAGAUGACUGUGAUUCUCUUCAAUCGAAUUCUGUUAUGGAUAAACUAUCUCUGGAAGGAGAAGAAAACAGCGAUAGAAAUGAUAAAUUUGAUCAAACAAAAUUAACUAAUCAAUUCAAUGAUCAAUCUACAUUAAAAUUAAUUAUAAAUAUAGAACAAAUUUUAAAUCAAAGAUUAUUUGAAUUAAAUUUAAAUUUAGUUAAUAAUGUUAAUAAAAUUGAUAAGAAACGAUCUAUAAUAUGUCAAUUAACUACUGAUUGGUUAUCUAGUUCAAUUAUAUGGAUUUGUUUAAAUAGUUGUAAUUCGAAUCAACAAACAUUGUUAUUUGAAAAAAUUUUUAAUUAUAAGUUGAAUGAUUUAAAACAAACAUGUUUACAACAAAUCAAUGGAAUUGAAGAAAAUGAACAUAGUACAAUGAAAAUGAAUAAUGAAGAUAUUGUAUCCAGUGAGAAUAAAUAUUAUAAUGAAACUGGUAUUGAUGAUAAUGAUGAUGAUGAAUGGAUUACUUCAUGUUUCAAAGAAUCUUAUCAAGAUUUGCAGAAUCAUUUAAAUGAUUUGAAAACAAAAUCUAAAUUAGAAGAUAUUAUUUGUCAAUUAAUCAUUGAACUUGAUGGUAUAUCUAUGAAUUUAAAUAUAAAUACCUGUCUGACUAAAUAUUUUAAGAAUCAAAUAGAUUUUGAAAUAUGGGAACAACAAAGAAAUGAAAUGAAUUUUGCCAAAAAGGAAUUCAUUCAAGCUUUGAAUAAUUUACUGAAUGAAAUGUAUCAAAAUCAUUCUUAUAAACAUUCAGAAAAUGUAAAGACAGAAUUUUCGAAGAGCAACAAUAAGGAGGAGCAUGAGGUUUCAAAAUCUGUUGUCAACGACGAUCUGGACCAUUUACGCGAAUCCAAUCAGGAUGGAUUCUUCUGUAUUGAUUCAAUUGAUUAUAUCAACAGACAAAUGGAAGCAGCAUCAGAACGUCAGAAGGCUUCUUUCAUAAAACUUAAGAAUCUCAAAGAUGCCAUACAACAGAAACAAGAGUUAAAGGAUAAACUCGAGAAAGAAAUAGAAGAUAUUGAUCAAAAGUUGGUUGAACUUCGUAAAACAUUAGGUGAUGCAUUUGAAAGUAUGCAAUUAGAAGUUCAACAUGGAAAAUUAUAAAAAGAACUACAAUACAGAAUAUUUCUUAGUUAUAUAUAAUUAGUAGAUUAAUUUAUUGUUUUCAUGUUUUGUAAUUGUUACGUUCGAUAAAUGCACUCAUUGAAAAAAGUCAGAGUGACACAUUUAUUCUAGUGCAAAGUUGAACAUUUUAUGUUUGACUAAUUAGUAAUUGACACAUUUUUGGCUGAAAUGUAAAUCAAUUCAUUCUCAUUCAUCUGUGAGAAUAUAAUUUUGAUUUUUUUUAAAGCUCAUAUAAUACAUGUAAUUUGCAGCCUUAUAAUACUUAUAAAAAAUGUUGAAGACUGUUU